UUUUUGUGUGUAUAUAUUAUAACAACAUCGGCCUUAUCCUUAGGGCUUAGCAGGAGAGAUCAGAGCAGCCAGACAGACAUGGAUGCAAAGCAGAGCAAGAUCCGUGUUCUAAUGCUGCCAUGGCUGGCGCAGGGCCACAUAUCUCCAUUCCUAGAGCUUGCCAACAGACUCUCCAAGAGAAACUUCCACGUCUACUUAUGUUCCACCCCAAUCAAUCUCUCCUUCAUCACCAAAAGGCUCGCCGCCGGAGACUCCUCUUCCUCCGUUGAAUCAGUCGAACUCCACCUCCCAUAUCUUCCUGACCUUCCUCCCACCCGCCACACCACCAAUGGCCUCCCACCUCACCUCUCCCCCGCCCUUAAAACCGCCUUCGACAUGGCCGCACCCAGCUUCGCCGCCAUCCUCCAAAACCUAGCCCCAGAUCUCCUCAUCUACGAUUUCCAGGCCUGGCCGCCAGCCGCCGCCGCAUCCCUCAAUAUUCCGGCGGUUCAGUUCCUUACCACCGCAGCUUCGGCGGCUUCUGUCGCCCAUCACAUUUCCAAAUUCCCCGAAGCCGAGUACCCUUUUCCGGAUCUGAAGCUCGAACAAUCCCACGCUGCCCAGCAGUUUCUCAAUCUCGUCAAGGCCAAUUCAAACAGGAAAGAAGGGGUUAUGGAAGCCAUUGAACGAUCUUGCGGCAUUAUUUUGUAUAAUACUUUCAGAGAGCUUGAAGGGAAAUACAUCGACUAUCUCUCGACUUUAUCCGGGAAGAAGAUCGUUCCCGUCGGGCCUCUGGUUCAAGAGAUCGACGCUGGAUCCGAGAACACAGAGAUCCUGAAAUGGCUCGACGAGAAAGAAUCAUCAUCAACAGUGUUUGUUUCGUUUGGAAGUGAAUUUUUUCCUUCCAAAGAAGACAUGGAAGAGCUAGCCCACGGUCUGGAGCAGAGCGAGGUGAACUUCAUAUGGGUUAUCAGGUUUCCGGCCGGCGAGAAAGCGACGGCGGAAGAGGCGCUCCCGGAGGGUUUUUCCGGGAAGGUGGGGAAGAGAGGGUUGUUGGUGGAGGGCUGGGCUCCGCAGGCGAAAAUUCUCGGGCACCGGAGCACCGGCGGCUUUGUGACUCACUGUGGGUGGAACUCGACGCUGGAAGCACUAAGCUUUGGGGUGCCGAUGGUGGGCGUUCCGAUGCAUCUGGACCAGCCGGUGGUGGCGAGGAUGGUUGCGGCGGCGGGAGUGGCUGUGGACGUGGCGAGAGGCGAGAAUGGGAGGCUGAAUAGGGAAGAGAUAGCGAGAGGGAUUAGGAAGGUUGUUGUGGAGGAGAAUGGGGAAGGGAUAAGGGAUAAAGCAAGAGAAUUUAGUGACAUUAUUCGAAGGAUAGGAGAGGAAGGGGUUGAUGAGGCUGCAGAUGAGUUUAGGAGAAUCUGCAAGGAGAGGAGAUCAUCAUGAUCAUAAUAAUUAAGGGAAGUACUAAUGGGUGUAAUAUGUGUUGGUAGUUUAUGUGUUAUUUCGGAUUGUUUUCUCUUUCAUACUACAUUUAUUUAAAUGUUUUGAAGUUUUGUGUA